UGUGAGCGCACGUUCACUCAGACCAGUUCACGCAACUAUCACGAGAAGACUUACCACCGAAUCGAUAAAUAUUCGCUGAAAUGCUAUUACAGUAACUGCGAGAAGUCGUUCGGCCGACAAAUCGAUCUGCAGAAACAUUUGGCCGUUCAUAACAACGCCGGCACUUCACUAGCCUUUAGCGCCAGUUCGCUGAUAGCGCCGGUAGUCUUGAACGAACACCAAUUUGUGAAACGGCAUACCACUCGUAGACUGAGGCGUGUGCCGCACAGGUCUGGCAAACACGGCUGUCCUCAUUGCGGCAAGACAUUCGCGCAUAAGGUUGCGCUCCGACAGCACGAAGUAAUUCAUGGGAACAAACAGUUUGUGUGCACUUACGCCGACUGUCAGUACGCCUCGUAUUGGAAGCAAAACCUGUCGCUUCAUCUGCGAAGACACCACAAUCAGCCGUAACACCAAUGAGACGAUUAUAACAGAGAUUUUUAAUAAUAAUAACUAAUUUAAAGCA